UAUCUCAAAAAGAUACAGACUCAGCCAAUGAUAAUGUUUGGGAUGAUAGUGCAUUAAUAGAAGCAUAUGAUAAAGCAAUAUAUUUAGCAAAAGAAGAAGUUAUCAAGCGAAUGGGAAUGGAUGUUGGAAAUUCUCAACCGAAAGAAAACCUACAAAAUCUUAAGCAGCCUAAACACGCAAGUAAAUUACACAAGAAAUGGAUCAUAGGAGCACCUUAUCGUGCAAUAUACUCAGAGGAUGGAGAAACUUAUGAAGCUAUAAUAUCAAAAAUUUACGAAAACAAUGGCACGUGUUGAAGUGGUUACCACUUCUAAGAAAACUCUACAUCUGGUCUUUUUUAGUUUUCUCAAGCACUGAAGCCAUCGACAGCGUGUAGACAAAAGACUGCGACGAAGUCAGGCCAUAAACAGUAGACAGGCGACGUUGGCUUCGGGGUUUUUCAGUUAUUAGGUAACACAGCUAGCGUGCGGAUCUGGACCAGCUCAAAUUGUAUUUUUACUUAUUACACUUCUAUUUAAAUAUAUUUUCUACCUUACAAUUUAUCCACGUGUUUUCUCUGUUUACACACCGAAUAACCUCAACAGGUUAUGGGCCCAGGGCUGUAAAUUGCAAGGUAGCAACGUGAAAUGAAUAAAUUGUUAAAGUGUUGUGCUUAGUAAAAUAAGGGAUAGUGCUAAAAUGGAAUCAGCAAGUGCGAAGGUCGAGAUGUUACGCGGCGAAGAAAAUUGGCUCCAGUGGCGUUUUGUUAUGCGUACACUUUUGGAGGAAGAUGACGACCUGAUCAACGUGUGUGAAGAGAAUUUGUGUCAUCCAGGUAACAGCGCGGAGAAAGAAAUCGCUCGUGGAAGAUUUUUGAAAGCAGAUCGAUUAGCGAGAAAAUUAAUCGUGACCUCAGUAGGAAAGAAACCGUUGGAUCUUCUUUUAUGUUGCACGACAGCACAUGAAAUGUGGAAAAAGCUGAAUACAGUAUAUGACAUGAAGUCGGAUGAGAAUUUAAAUAUGGUCCAGAAGCAGUUCUUCGAUUUUAAAUGGGAAGAAUCUGAAAAUGUCUCUUACAACCUAUCAAAGUUGGAACUCAUAGCGGCGAAGAUGAAAGUCCUUGGGAGUGAAAUUGGCGAGAAAAUGCUGAUAACACGCAUUUUAUCGGUGUUACCAAACAAAUUCGAUCAUUUUCACAGUGCGUGGGAUUCCGCGGAAGAAGAAAAGAAGACCUUAGACAGGCUUAGUACCAGGCUGAUGACGGAAGAAAUUAGAUGGAAGAAAGACGACCAGGAAACAUCGGUGGCACUGGUAACAAAAGGUAAUAAUUAUAAAAGGGAAUAGCAGAAGCAGUCAAGUAAACGUGAAUACGAAAAACAAGGACCAAGUUGCUUUAACUGUGGAAAAGUUGGCCAUCUAAAGAAGGAUUGCUUUAGAUGCUUUAUAUGCAAAAGGAAAGGCCACACCAGCAAAAACUGUUUUAAAAAUAACAAAAGAAGCAACAAUAGAGACAACCAGGAACCUAGAAACCAAAAUCGGGAUCACAGCGGAAUUGGUCUAUUAGGAAGUACCUCAGCGAUACAAACGGCAAACGCUGAUGUUUGGAUAAUCGACUCAGGAGCUACGGAUCACAUGACAGGACGACGGGAAUGGUUCAGCGUUUUCGAAGAAUUCGAUAACACGGUGAAGAUAGAGAUCGGCGAUGGUCCGUUCAUGGAUGCGUGCGGCAAAGGAAAAAUCAGAGUAGAGACUUUUGUGGACGGCAAAUGGGUAACAUGUACAAUGAACGAUGUUCUAUACGUACCAGGUAUGAAAAGAAAUCUGUUUUCGAUUAGAUCUGUCGCAAGAAGGGGCAUAGAUUUUUGUAUUUCAAAGGAAGGGACCAAUUGCAUAU